UGACUGCAGCCCGGGAUCAGCAGCAAUCCAGGUAAGGCUACGGCGAGGCAGAAGCCUGAGGGAUUCAGGAACUGGUCACUGAGGUUCCUGGUGUCCCAUUGGAGACGAAAUUCCUUCUGAGAAGGCAAAGUAUCAGACCUCGAGUCAGAGAACCAGAGUUGGAAUCUCAGCUCUUCCUCUUAGGAAGUAGCUGUGGCAUCUCAGGUUCCCAUCCCAUAGGCCAAACAACUCACCCCUCCAGACGGCACCUCUGGGGAUGAGCUAGCCAUCCCUAGCCAGCAGAAGAAGAGCGUGUUGCACUGCUCCCACACCACGGGGUCUCGGAGCUUCUUCACCCCUCCUUCCUCACUCUGCAGACGAGAUGACCCGGUCCUCCUCGUCCUUGGCCUCCCUCUUUGGCCUCCUCCACUUUUGCCUGUUCAUCCUCCUCCAGCUGCCCUGGGCCACACUGGCGCCCUGCCGGACUGCCACCCGGGCUGAAUGCCGCCGCCAUAAGGCGUUUGUGCCAGGCUGGGAGCUGGCUGGGGAGGGUAUGGAUGUCACCACCCUCCGCCGAACGGGCUACUUCCCCGUGGAUACCCACAGAUUUGAGCGUGCCGACGGCACAUGCACCCUGUGCAACAACGAUAUGCAGGAAGGAGAGCUCCAGCGCCUUCCCUUGGCCAUUACAGACUGGCACAGCCAGAGCGCUACUUGCCAGCGCGACGUAGCCAAGACCGAGGCCUCCUCUGUUGUGCAAGUGGCCGCCGAGGCCGCCAAGACGAUCCAGAAUGACUGGAAGGUGGGCCUGGAAGUCCAGCCCAAGCCCAGCAUCAAGGGCCAAAUGGCUAUGGCUGCCUCCCACUCCAACGCAGCACAGUUCGCAGCUGGAAAGACCCACGAGGACCAGUACAGUUUCACCAUCGACUCGGUGCAGUGUCGUUACUACAGAUUUCACCUAGUAGCAAAGCCCCCCCUGAAUCAAGAGUUCCUUCGUGCUGUCAAGGCUCUGCCCCACAAAUUCAACGCCUCCACUCACACCGACUACCAUCGAUUCAUCGCCAAUUAUGGCACCCACUUUCUCAAGUCCGUGGAGCUGGGGGGCCGGGCCACAGACAUCACUGCCCUUCGUACAUGCAAGCUGGCUCUGGAUGGGCUCAAGGCCAACGACGUGAGCACUUGCCUUUCAGUGGAGGCAGCCGUGAGUUUGGGUAACGCCAUCGCCUCAUCAGAUGUCAAGAAGUGUGAGGAAGAGAAAAAAAAACACAACAUCCAGGGCUCCUUCCACACCACCUACAGAGAACGCAAAGUGGAAGUGGAGGGAGGGAAAUUCAAUGAAGGCUCAUCCGAGUUGCUCUUCUCAGAUCAGGAUGGGAAAGAGAAGUUCUCAGAAUGGAUGAACACUCUCCCCAGCAAGCCUGGACUGUUGGCCUACACCCUGGAACCCCUGCACUUCCUGCUGAAGUCUAAGAAUCCCUGGAGGCAGGAGCUAAGACAGGCUGUGAGCCACUAUGUGAACAGCAGAGCCCGGUGGCAGGACUGUAGCAAACCAUGCCCUCCAGGGCAGAAGAAGAACCCCAGAGACCCGUGCCACUGUGUGUGCCAGGCAUCAACCUUCACCAAUGGUGACUGCUGCCCCAGGGAGAGGGGGCUGGCCCACGUGGAGGUGACCAGCAUCAGUGCCAAGCACCUGUGGGGAGAUUACUUCACAGCAACUGAUGCCUACGUCAAGGCCUUCCUUGGAAACAAGGAGCUGAGGACGCCGGUGGUGUGGAACAACAACAACCCCAUGUGGAACACAAAGCUGGACUUUGGGACUGUGCAGCUGAUGACUGGGGGCCCCCUGAGGAUGCAGGUGUGGGAUGCAGACGAAGGCUGGAAUGACGACCUCCUGGGCUCUUGUGACCGAUUGCCAGAGGCAGGGGGAUGGUGGGAGCACUGCUACUUCAGUCAUGGCCACCUGAAGUUCCAUUACCAAGUGACAUGUGCCCCCCAUCUCAAAGGGCGCAACUGUCUGCAGUAUGCCCCUCGUGGAGCUCUUGGGGAGCCGGCAGGAAACCGAAGUGGAGCUGUAUGGUAAAAGUCCCCAAAAGAGGGAUAAAUGGUGGGGAGGGGCUUGUUGUCAAGCCUUAAUAGACUAAAAGGCUGUGUGGUACAAUAGGAGAAGCUGUGAAUUCAGAGUGAGAGACCUGGGUUCAAACUUUGCCUCUUCUCCUUACUACCUGAGUUACUUUGAACAAAUCACUUCACCUCUUUGUGCCUCGGUUUCCUCCUUUUUAAAAUGAGUGGGUUGGAUCAGGUGACUUCUAAGGUCCUGUCUAGACUUGUAUUUGGUAUUCUACUUAUUUAAUAAUCACAAUCAUCUAUUUUAAUAUAAAACUUUCCUCCAACGAGGCCUCAUCCAAUCCUGACACUGGUAGGAUAGUAACAGGGCUCUUCCUUGGAAAGAGCAGCAGAAUAGACUCUAGCAGAAUGGGUAAUCCCCAUUGGAAAGGACUGUCAAUCAGCCCAGGGGGAGCCUGUGCUGAGCCCAGUACCCUGCACAUUUGGGCUUGAAAACAGGAUGGAGAUCAAACUCGUAUUCAGAGCCAUGCCUAGGAAUGUUUGUGCCCAGAGCAAGCAGCAAAAAGCAUGACCUCGUUGGUUGGGGGAAGAAGGGCGCAGAAUGGGGAGCAGGGGAGGGGAGGACUCACCCCAGUCCACUAUCUAGUAGCUUCCUAUUUUAGUGAGUUAUUCUUGCCAAUGCCCCAGUUGCCCUGCCCUAGUUCUAGCUGAUAUCUAUUUGGCUCAUUACUUUCUUGGCCAUGGACAAUUAAUUAGCCACUCCAUUGAAUAAGUUCCUUAAGCACAAGGACUAUUUUAUUUUUGUCUCUGUGUACCCAACACCUGAAACAAUGCCCAGCACACAGCUGGUGCUUAAAAUGCUUUUUGACCUAUUGAUUGACUUGCCUGAACACACCCAAACAACACCAUUGUCAUGGUUUGCCCUUCAUCUUCAAGAGACAUUCAGCUCAAUCAACAUUUUUUUCUGCACCUACUAUAUGCACCAAAACAGUGCAUGCUCUAAAGGAACUCAAUGGCAUUGAGAGGUCAUAUAUGCAAUCCUCCUGCCUCCAUACCUAAACCAUCUCAAGUGAUUCAAUAUCAGAGAUUACCAGCACCAGGAAUGGCCUCCUAGACCAUCUAAUCCAAGGCAUACCUGAUGAAGAAAGCCCUCUACAACAUUCCUGAAAAUCGGGCAUUCAACCCUUGCUUAAAGACCUCCAAUGAGACAGUCGUGAGAAUCUAAACAAGAGUGAACUAACUGCUUAUAUUCUCAUAUGGGGAGAUGAUCCAUGUGUCCCUUCUAAACUCUAUCAUCAUCAGGGGUCAUAGAGGGAGUCCAUGUAGACAGAAAGACUAGGAAUGGUUCUGCUAUGCCUCGAUAAACUUAUUAGGGGAAAUCAUCUUCCAUAAUCGAAGAGUGAAAAAGUAGAAGUUUAUAUAAACAAGGUGGGGGAGAGGCUGAUACUUGAAUCUCACUGUCAUCUGAACUGAUCAAAGGAGAAAAGAUGGAUAUGUUUUCCUUAUGUUAAACCAUCCCUACAUUCCCGGCAUAAAUCCCACUUGGUGCCCAUGUAUAAUCUUUGUGCUAUAUGGUUGUAGUCCCCUGGCUAAUAUUUUAUUUAUAAUUUUUGAAUCUAUAUUCAUUAAUGAAAUUGGUCUAUAAUUUUCUUUCUCUCUUUUUGCUCUUUCUGGUUUGGGUAUCAGCACCGUAUCUGUUUCAUAAAGGGGAUUACGUAGGUCUUUGCCUAUUAUUCCAAAUAAUUUAAUACUGGAAUUAGUUGAUCUUUAAAUAUUCUGGAGAAUUC